UAAAAGUUAGGACUAAAGUGGAAUUAUCUAGAUUCCUCUUUAUUUUUCUGCAUUCCUAUCAGCCAAAAACGUCCUAAGGGUUUCUUCAAGCUGGUUCUUCAUAAGUUUUGCACCAAAUCCGGAAAAUUCAAAUACGAAGCAAGAUAGAGGAAAAGAAAAAGUUCGGGAUUAGUAGAUUUUUGGUUACGAACAAGUGUCGAGAGUUAAGAGCUCGGAGGUCGGAUUUGGUCGGAGACACAUCACACUAUCAAUCUCGAGAUCUCGGUACAUAAAGGAACUUUAUUUUGGAAAUCAAUGGCAUGUAUAAGCUAGUAAAUUAGAUGUUAAUGUGAAAUGAAUGUUUGGUUAGCCAUUGGUAUUGCUAACAAAUUUUGGUUUUGGUAUGUGAUGAAAUUAUCUUAUGAAUAUGAUAAAUCUAUCUUAAAAAAAAUUUGGUAAAAUCUGGUAAUGCCUCAUACUCUAUUUCGGCGACGAAUACGGGUAGGGGGUAUUACAGUUAUGGCUACCGACUCGCAACCAUCAUUAGAGUAUAUGCAAUGGUACUAUAGUUGCGGGAAGCCAUAUUUAUUCGGAGGCCAGUCGAUUGUAAUCCCCUCGCACAUGCAGCGACAUGGGGGAUCGGCAACAGCGGCCCAGCAUGAUCCGAAUCCCAUGGCAUAUUAUUCUCCGGAACCCCCAGAGCCCCAGCAGGAGCCCCAGCCAGAUCCGGAACAAUCUGGAUUUGUCGGUUCAGAUAGCUAUCAUCCGGAUUUGUCAGGCACUGACAAUUUGCCGAGCUUCUCAGGGCCAGAAUAUGCAUACGACUUUGAACUAUUCGGAUCCUACUCGCCCGGCCCAUAUCCGCAGCAUUAUGGGACUCCCUCAGGUGCAUCAAGUUUGUCGCUGCCGAAUGAGGGACCUGCUCAAAAUGAUUUCCUCCCUAUUUUUACUACACCACCACCUGCGCCAAAUGAUAAUGUCGGUCGUCGCGGGCACCCAGAACGUGACCAUCGACCUCCGAAUAGGUAUACCCCUAGGACUACACCAUCGAACCAUCAAUUUUAAGGGUGUAUGGCACAUGUUUGUAUAUUAACACGUUUGUACUUUUUUGUAUCAAUUUAAUUAUUCUAAUUUAAUUAUUAUAGUUUCAGUUA